UGAUGAUGAGGAAGGCGCUCCAGCGCUAUGGUGCCGCGCUGGGCGCGGGAGCUCUGCGGGGGAUUCGUGGAUCGGCGGGAGCUGCCCUGGAGCACGAAUUGGAGCCAGCGGCGACGAAGAAGAAGCUGGGAUUAUCCGUGGUUUUCCUCUUCUUGCCGUGUGUGGCGACGUUCGGGCUCGGGACCUGGCAAGUCAAGAGACGCGAUUGGAAGGCGGAGCUUUUGGAUUAUAAGCGAAAGAGGCUGGAGCAGGAUCCUGUUCCACUGGCCUUGGCCAUGGUCGAUGAUACGAGCUCGAGCUCCAACGGCGAGAGCGCUCUCGAGUACCGGAGAGUUGUUUGCGACGGUGUCUAUGACGAGGAGAAGUCUAUCUUUAUUGGCCCUCGCAUGAAGCAACUGUUUGGCUCCAGCCAGAGGGGAUACUAUCUCGUCACCCCACUUCUUCCAGCGAGCUCCUCGGAUAUGCAGCCUGCGGUGCUUGUGAAUCGUGGAUGGGUUCCAGCAGCAUGGCGCGAGGAUUUUGAGAAAGGAGUCGUGACGCCUACCUUGGACGAACGCUUCCAUCAAGACAAGAUCAAAACUGGGACGUGGUGGAGGACUUGGUGGAAGGGAAAACCGACAAUGGAGAUUUCUCCCGCGAAGGGUGCCGUCACUGUCUGCGGCGUUGUAAGGAAGAGUGAAAAUCCCAGCAUGUUUGUCCCGCUAAACGUUCCAGAACAAGGGCAGUGGUUCUACUUCGAUGUUCCGGCGAUGUUGAAAGCGGCGGGCCUUCCAGAAAACAGUCCAUACAUCGAAGCCGUUGGCUCAAGUCCUGGUACUGACGAUAAGAUCACCUUCCCUGUUCCGAAAGAGAUCGAGGACUUCGUUCGCACUUCUUUGAUGCCAAAUGACCACUUGACUUACGCAUUUACCUGGUAUACAUUGUCCGCAGCAACAACUUACAUGGCUUUCAAGCGAAUACGCGAGAAACCUGUAAAGCCGCUGAAGAAUUUCCGUUAAUAAAGUGCACGACUUGAUGUGGUUCCAACA